GCGCGGAACGAGGCGGCACCGGACGGAGCGGGCGCGGAACCGGGGGGGGGCCCGGCGGGGCCGCGGCCAUGGCCGAGCCCGGAGAAGCGCUGGCGCCGCUGAAAAGCGAACCGCAGCCCCCGGAAAAGCGGCGGAGGACGAUCGAGGACUUCAAUAAGUUCUGCAGCUUCGUGCUGGCCUACGCCGGGUACAUCCCGGCGGCCGCCGAGGAGCCGCCCUGGGGCUCGUCCGGGCCCAGCUCUCCCCGCGCGGCCGCGGGCGACGCGUGGGGCUCGGCGCCGGCCGCGCUGCGAACCAUCGAGACCUUCGUCCGCAAAGCCAAAUCCUCCAAGAAACGCGCCCUGGCGCCGCCGGAAUCGGCCAUUUUGGACAAAAUGCGCCUCAAGGACUCCCUGUUCGACCUCCCCGCGCCCCAAAAUAACCCGGGGCCGCCCCCCCAGAAGCGCCGGGAGCGCCGGAGCCGCCGCGGGGACUCGGCCGGCGGCGGCUCCCGCGGCGGCCGCGAGAACUCGCGGCUUCGCGUGAAAAAGAGCAAAAAGCGGCGCUGGAAAAAAGGGGACGGCGGCGUUCUGGGGAGGGGCUCCCCCAGCGAGGAGACGGAUUCCGAGGAGGAGCCGCCCUCCCCUCCCCCGCCGCCGCCCCCUCCCCCUCCCCUGCCCCCUGACGGGGGGAAAUUGGGGGUGCUGGGGGGGCCCGGGGGGGUUCUGGGGGUGGGCAAGGAAGGGGGGAGCACGGAGACCAGCAGGGACGGCGACGGCAGCGACAGCGACGCGCGGGUCAUGGACGAGGACAUCAUGGUGGAGUCGGGCGACGAUUCGUGGGAUUUGAUCACCUGCUACUGCCAAAAACCCUUCGCCGGCCGGCCCAUGAUCGAGUGCAGCCAGUGCGGCACCUGGAUCCACCUGUCCUGCGCCAAGGUGAAGAAAAACAACGUCCCCGACGUCUUCUAUUGCCAAAAAUGCCGCGAGGGGCCCCGCAGGGCCGCCCCCGCCACCCCCCGGGCCACCAGCGACCCCUAAAACCCCCCCAGAAGCGCUUUUGGGGCUCCCCGGCCUCGCUUCCGCCAGGGGUUGAGGGGUGCAACGUGCUCAAAAUCAGAAAUUUUGGGGUUUGUGACCUUCCCUGGGGUUUUGGGGGGCUUGGAGGUUCCUCCCAAAAAAUGAGAAGUUUGGGGGUUGUACGGUUCCCAAAAUUGGAAUUUUUUUUCGGGGGAGGGUGGUUGGAAGUCGCCCCCGGAAUUUGUGAGGUUUGGGGGUUUGUAAGGUUUCCCCGCAGAAUUUGAGGUUUUGGGGUUGUGGCUCUCCCUGGAAUUGUGAGGUUUGGGGGUUGGAAGGUGCCCAAAAUUGGAAAUUUGGGGGUUGGAACCUCCCCCCCAAAAAAUUGUGAGGGUUUGGGGUUUAUAAAACCCCUGAAAUUGUGAGAUUUUGGGUCCACCUCCCUCAAAAAAUGGGGAGAUUUGGGGGAUUUUUACCUCCCCCCGAUAAGUUGUGGGGUUUUGGGGUUCCAGUCAAAAUUUGGGGGUGGUUUGGGGUCCCUCAUCUGCAGGACAGGAGGGUUUUGGGGUCCCAUUUUGGGGUACAAGAUUUGGGGGGGCACUUACCCCAGAUCAUGAGAUUUUUUUUGGGUCCCUCACCCCCAAGAUGGGAAGAUUUGGGGGGGUUCCCUCACCCCAAAUUACGAUUGGGGGAGCCCCCCGUUAGAUAGGGGAGGUUUUGAGGGGUCCCCUACCCCAAAUUAUGAGAUUUUGGGGUCCCUCACCCCCAGGAAAGGAGGGUUUGGGGGUCCUUCACCCCAGACAAAAAGAUUUUGGGGACUCCCCCUAAAAUAGGGGGAUUUUGGGGUGUUCUUUGCCCCAGAUCAUGAGAUUUUGGGGUGUCCCACCCCCAAGAAAAGGAGAAUUUGGGGGCCCCAGCCCCCAAACUAUGAUUUGGGGAAAACGUCCCUGACAGAGAGGGUUUUGGGGUCCCCUGCCCCAAAAGAAGAGAAUUUUGGGGUUCCCUUCCCCAUGUUAUGAGGUUUUGGGGUCCCAGUUAAAAUUUGGGGGACCCCACUAAGUUCAAGGGGGUUUGAGGAUAUUUAACCCCCCAGAGCACGGGGUUUGGGGGUGCUGUGCCCCAAUUCAUGAGGUUUUGGGGUGUCUCAACCCCUGUACAAGAUUUUGGGGGCAUCCCACCCCUGAACUGGGGAGGGGGACUUGGGGGUCCCUCACCCCAAACUCUGAGGUUUUGGAAACAAGUUUUUUCAUGUGUGUUAUUUUUCUAAACGUUCCCUGCCCCCCACUUUUUUGGGGGUGCCUCCCCCAAGUUUUUGGGGGUGUUUAGAGCAUCAUUUUGCAGGGGGGGGCACCCCCAAAACAGGAAGUCUGUCCCAGUUUGGGGGGAGUUUAAGGGAGGGAUUUGGGGGAUUCUCCCCCCUAAACCUCCCCCAGAUGGAAUUUGGGGGGCUCCCCCCACCUUUUACUCCCUUCCCCUCUUUGUUUGAAGGAUAAUAUUUUGGAUUUUGGGGGGCUGCAGCCCCUCCCGUUGUAAAUAAACAGCGCCGUUGCUUCGUA